AUGACAGUUGGACCACCAGAGGAUAUGUGUAUCUUAAAGGAGAAUCUUGAAAAUAAAGCAACUAGGAACAAGGGAAUUAGUGAAUUUGGAGGUGAAGAUUUGGUUGAUGUUUUACAUAGGCUUAUGGAGGACACUGAACUUGAAUAUCCAAUCACAAAUGACCAUAUUAAAGCUGUGAUUAUUGACAUUUUUGUUGCUGGAAGUGAAACUUCAGCUGCAAUUACUAUUUGGGUACUAUCAGAAAUGAUGAAAAAACCAAAUAUUAUAGCGAAGGCUCUAAAGGAAGUGACACAAGUCUUUAGCGGAAAGAAAAAUUAUGAUAAUGAAGAAAAACUGGAAAAAUUGACAUAUCUAAACUUAGUGAUUAAGGAGACAUUAAGGUUACAUACACAGUUCCUCUUCUACCGCCUAGAGAAUGUAGGGAGCAAACAAAUAUUGAUGGAUGCACCAUAUUCCUGCAUGGGCACUUGCAAGAGAUCCAGAAAGUUGGCAUGA